AUGGACAACGCGCCGCAGGAGCGGGGCAUCCCCGCGGCCCCCUUCGUCACGGACGUAGCUGAGUUUAUCGGUGGCGCCGAUCAGGAUGUGAUGCCGACGCUGCAAAAGUUCCAGGAGGCCCUCUCCAAGUACAAGUUCAUGGAGAUGAGCACGACGCAGCGGCGCAAGGGCCUCGAGCAAAAGAUCCCCGAUAUCGCCAAGACCCUGCAGAUGGUCGAGUUCCUCCGGUCGCGCAAGGAGGCGCCCGAGCCGACGGAGCUCACGUUUGAGCUGAACGACACGCUGUAUGCGCGUGCGACGCUUGACCCCAUCGACAAGGUGCACCUGUGGCUCGGCGUGCGUAUACCCCGCUCACCCCAGGCAAACGUCAUGCUCUCGUACGAUAUCGACGAGGCCAUCGAGCUCCUCACCGACAAGCUCGCCACCGCUCGCAAGAACCUCGAGAUGGCGCACGCCGAUCUCGGCUUCCUGCGCGAUCAGAUCACCACGAUGGAGGUCAAUACGGCGCGUGUACACAACUGGGACGUCAAGCGCCGCCGCGACCAACGCGAAGCCAGCGCACGCGCCGCGUAG